CCUACGUGGUCAUGACCAAUCUACUGCUCAUUUUCCACACCGGCAUAAUAGUUUAUAAAAUUAUAUUUGCUGCUACCGCAGAUCACUGAAUACUUCCCAAUUUACAUGUGCAUCAACGUUUACAAUGGCACCUACUUAGCCUUAUAAUCAAAUAUUAUUCAUAGAAAAUCCAACCUUCUCCUUUUUACAUUUGAACUUCAAUCUUUAUUGCAAACUUUCACCUUUAAACUAUACAUAUCUCCUUUAUAAAUCUCAUUAAGGUAUCAACUUCUAACAAUACAUAUUUCAACAUUUCACAAACUUUCUUUUUGUGUUUCUAAUCUACCGUGAUCUAUCUACAACCAUGAUUACCGGUAAGGAUAUGUACGAUGUUUUCUCCGCGAUUGUACCGUUAUAUGUUGCUAUGAUAUUAGCAUAUGGUUCAGUUCGUUGGUGGAAAAUCUUCACACCAGAUCAAUGUUCUGGUAUAAACCGUUUCGUGGCGGUUUUCGCAGUUCCGUUACUAUCUUUCCAUUUCAUAUCUUCCAAUGAUCCGUAUGCUAUGAAUUACCAUUUCAUAUUAGCAGAUUCACUUCAAAAAGUAGUUAUUCUUGCUGCUCUUUUCCUAUGGAACAUGUUCACAAAAAACCAAGAUAGUCUUGAUUGGACUAUUACACUUUUCUCACUUUCAACUCUUCCCAACACACUUGUUAUGGGAAUCCCUCUUUUAACAGCUAUGUAUGGUGAUUUCUCAGGAAAUCUCAUGGUGCAAAUUGUUGUUCUACAAAGUGUUAUUUGGUAUACUCUCAUGCUUUUCUUGUUUGAAUAUAGAGCUGCUAAACUUCUUAUCACAGAACAGUUUCCUGAAACUGCAGCCUCUAUAACUUCAUUCAAAGUUGAUUCUGAUGUUGUUUCGCUCAACGGUAGAGAACCGCUUCAAACCGAUGCUGAGAUAGGUGAAGAUGGUAAACUUCAUGUUGUUGUGAGAAGAUCAACUACUAACUCUAUGGUAUCUGGAUCUUUCAACAAAUCUCAUUUACACAACAUGACGCCACGAGCUUCGAAUCUGACCGGUGUUGAGAUAUAUUCGGUUCAAUCCUCAAGAGAACCAACGCCAAGAGCUUCUAGUUUUAACCAAACUGAUUUCUAUGCAAUGUUUCAAAGUAAAGCGCCGAGUCCGAAACACGGUUACACAAAUAGUUUUCAGAGUAACGGUGAUGUUUAUUCUAUGCAAUCAUCGAAAGGAGCGACGCCAAGGACUUCGAAUUUCGAAGACGAGACGCUGAAGAUGAAUAAGAAGAGAGGAGCUAGAAGUAUGAGUGGUGAGUUGUUUAAUAUCAAUAAUGGUUCUUACCCUCCUCCGAAUCCAAUGCUUUAUGGUUCUACAAGUACUGGAAGAAAGAAGAAAGAUAGCAUUGGUGGUGGAAAUGGAAAUGGAAAUGGAAAUGGUAAUGGUAAUGGUAAUGGACCUAACAACAAAGAGUUACACAUGUUUGUUUGGAGUUCAAGUACUUCACCUGUUUCUGAAGGGAAUCUUAAACAUGCAGUUAAUAGACCUGCCUCUACUGAUUUUGGAGCCAUUGAUCCUUCAAAAUAUGUUCCACAUGGAAACACUGUUUCAUCAAAAGGUGUUAAUGAAUUGAUUGAGAACAUGAGUCCUAGAGAAAGGGAUAUUGAACUUGAUGAAGGAACAAAGUCUCCAUAUAUAAGCCAGCAUAAGAAAAUGGACUUUGAAGGAGAGAAUGUAAACAAAAACAAACAGAUGCCACCAGCAAGUGUCAUGACAAGGCUCAUUCUCAUCAUGGUUUGGAGAAAACUCAUCAGAAAUCCAAAUACCUAUUCAAGUCUUAUAGGCCUUGUUUGGUCUCUUAUAUCAUUUAGGUGGCACAUUGAAAUGCCGUCGAUUGUAAAAGGUUCAAUCUCGAUACUAUCAGAUGCUGGACUUGGAAUGGCUAUGUUUAGUUUAGGUUUGUUCAUGGCAUUACAGCCUAAGCUGAUUGCAUGUGGUAAAAGAGUUGCAACAUUUUCUAUGGCGGUUAGGUUCUUAACCGGACCAGCUGUGAUCGCGGCAACCUCAAUCACUGUUGGUAUCCGCGGAGCUCUCUUACAUGUUGCAAUUGUUCAGGCUGCUCUUCCACAAGGUAUUGUUCCAUUUGUGUUUGCCAAAGAAUACAAUCUUCAUCCAGAUAUACUCAGUACUGCGGUUAUAUUUGGAAUGUUGAUUGCAUUGCCUAUAACAAUACUCUACUAUGUGAUUCUUGGAGUAUAGUCUAUUAUUUUGGGAGGAAAUGUAUUAUUAAUUGUUAGGUGAUAUUGAAUUUUAUUAGAGAAGGAAUGUGAAAUUCAUGAUAUACAGUAUAGCAGAAUGCUAAAUAUAUAUUCAUUUUUAUUUGGUUCCACAUUUUUAGCUGAUCAAUGUAGCAACUUGCUUUUAAUUUUUACUCUUUUAGGUCAGUUAAUAUUAAAAACAGUUUUGAAUGUGACUUAUAGUAUUGGAUUUUAGCUACUCAAACGGUAAAUGAUUAAUAAACCAAAGUUAGUAUUAAAGAAAGUUCUGAAAGUUACUUAUUGUUCAACUUUCUUUUUCAAAAUAGUUUGGCUACUAUCCAAUUGCAUGGGAUCUUGUUCAAUAUUUAUUAAAAUAAAUACUUAAAAAUGAUUGUCUUUAGCC